GCAAACAAAAAAACAUUGAUAAUAUUUUAAUUUUCUUGAUUUUUCAUUUUUUUUUGGUUCCGUCUCCGAGCACUCUCUUCCUCUUUCCGCGAUUGAAGGUGCUCUUCAUCGCUGUUCUCAUCGUCUGUUCGAGAUCCCAGAUCGAAUUUCUGCGAAAUUUUUUUGCUUGACUACGAUCGCGAGUUCUACUGGUCGGAUGCUCUCGUCUCCUCUUGAAUAGCGGGAUCAAGGUUGGCGGAUUGUUUCCUCCUGUUUUUGUUAGGGUUUCGAAGAUCCGAUUCCCGGCGCUUUUGAGCUCGCGGCAAUAUGUUCUGGCGAAUCGCGGGAUUGUCCACGGCGUCUCCCGUAGAGACAAUUUUGGACAAAGAAGGUUUCACACUGGAGGAACUUCUUGAUGAGGAUGAAAUUAUUCAAGAGUGCAAAGCCCUGAAUGGGCGCCUCUUAAAUUUCUUGCGAGAAAAGACGCAGGUGGAACAGCUUAUUAAAUACAUAAUAGAGGAGCCUCCUGAGGAUGCAGAGAAUAAACGCAUGUUCAAGUUUCCUUUCAUUGCCUCUGAAAUCUUCACUUGUGAGAUAGAAAUGAUUCUCAAACCACUGGUGGAGGAUGAGGAGUUGAUGAUAUUGUUGUUUUCCUUUUUGGAAUCUAAACAAGCUCAUGACACAUCACUUGCUGCGUACUUCAGCAAGGUUAUCAUUUGUUUGCUGGUUCGGAAGACUGUUCCAUUUAUGCAAUUUGUUAAAGAUCAUCAAGAAAUACUUAAGCAGCUUGUUGAUCUAAUCGGUAUUACAUCAAUUAUGGAGGUUUUAAAACGUCUGAUCGGCACCGAUGAGCAUUUGUAUACGAACUACACAAAUGCAAUGCAGUGGAUAGAGGAUACAGAUAUUUUAGAGAUGAUUGUGGACAAGUUUGGCUCCUCUGAUUCUCCUGAUGUACAUGCCAAUGCAGCUGAAAUAUUAUGUACAGUAACACGAUUUGCACCCCCUGGUCUCGGUGCAAAAAUUUCGAGUCCAAGCUUCAUCAGGAGGCUGUUUCAACAUGCUUUGGAAGUUACACGGCCCAAGUCUGUUCUGGUCAAUUCAUUGUCUGUUUGCAUCUCACUGCUUGAUCCUAAGCGGUUUACAUUGGGAGCAUAUCAUAUAUAUGGUCAUCAACUAACCCAUGGAACCAUGGUCACCAAUCCUGAGACUGUGGAUGGAAUGUUAGGGAACCUAGGUGAUCUACUUCACCUUUUGAAUGUUUCAUCUGAUGAGGGCAUUUUGUUGACUACAUAUGGAAAAUUGCAGCCACCUCUUGGAAAACACCGUCUGAAGAUUGUAGAGUUCAUCUCAGUCUUACUCACAAUCGGUAGUGAAUCAGCAGAAAAGGAAGUGAUUCGACUUGGGGGUGUGAAGAGAAUCUUGGACUUGUUCUUUGAGUAUCCAUACAAUAAUUUUUUGCAUCACCACGUCGAGAAUGUAAUUCUAUCAUAUUUGGAGAGCAAGAAUACUGAACCUCUUGAUCAUAUUCUUAGUGAAUGUGAUCUUGUUCGAAAAAUACUAGAAGCAGAAAAGGAUUCCACAUUGGCAGCUGAUUUGGAUAAGCCAACAGUUCCUGUUGAGGGUAGAAAGCCACCCAGGAUAGGGAGUAUUGGUCAUUUAACUCGUAUCUCCAACAAACUCACUCAGCUGGCUAAUAGCAACACAGAAAUUCAGUCGCACUUGCAGGAAAAUAGUGAGUGGACGAAAUGGCAGACUGAUGUCCUGUCAAAGCGUAACACCUUGGAAAAUGUGUAUUCGUGGGCCUGUGGGAGGCCAACUUCACUGCUUGAUCGUACUAGAGAUAGCGAUGAUGAUGAUUACCAGGAUAGAGACUAUGAUGUGGCAGCCCUAGCAAAUAACUUGAGCCAGGCAUUUCGAUAUGGAAUUUAUAGCAAUGAUGAUAUGGAUGAGGCCCAAGGCUCCAUGGAACGCGACGACGAGGAUGUCUACUUUGAUGAUGAAUCUGCCGAAGUCGUCAUAUCGUCACUGCGCCUUGGAGAUGACCAAGAGAGUGGUUCUCUGUUCACAAACUCAAACUGGUUUGCGUUUGAGGAUGAAAGAGAGGCUAAGGAGCGCUCGAUGAGCUCACCUCUCGCGUCCCCUUCUCCAAAGGCCGAGACUGGUGGAGAUGCCGAUGAUGAUGAUGAUGAUGAUGAUGAUGUGGUCAUUGGUGAAGAAGUCAAUGACUCGGAUGACAGGGCAAUGCCAUCCCCGUCGGUGGAAACAAAACCAGAAGAUGACGGAGCAAACAAAUCAGAAGAUGAGAAAACGCCUGGUUGGGUUGAGUGGAGAGAAACCUCGGACUCGGAUGAAGCUCCUCCUCUGGUUAUGGGAAAUGGUGAGGUCGAAAUGGACGUAGAGGAAAAAGUUAACAACACCGAGAACUCCUCCUCGCCAGAAGAAAGCGGUGAAGUUUCUGGUUCGGACACAUCGAAACCUACAGGACCCGAGGAGGCGACAAAGGCCGCGGAAGAAGAAGAAGAAGAAGAAGAACCAUCGAGGAUGGAAACCGAUAAAGCCGUGAAGGAGAAGAGCUAGUGUAAGUUAUUCAGAGCAUUGGCUUGAUUUUUAACACAGCCCUUACCUCUCGAGUCUUGACCCCCAAGUGUUCAAGGUACAUAUUUGGGUAUAUUAUUUUCUUUUCUUCUUCUUGGUUAAAAAGAAGUCAGUGUUGUAAAGUUCGUUUGCCCUUAAACCCAACAAAACAAUAUCACUACAUGACUUGAAUAUGACAUCCCACAUUACAUAGCCCUCCCUCUCUUUAAAGAUGAUUUGCAGACUUUA